AUGCCCAACUACCAGGUGGCGUUGUUUGAGAACGAGCCGGCGGGCACCCCCCUCCUCCAGCUUCACGCGCACUACGCCAUCGAGGGCGAGGAGGAGCGCGUGAGCUAUUACAUGGAGUGGCUGUUCCACGAGCGCUCCCGCAGCUACUUCCACAUCGGCUCUGCCACGGGCGCGGUGAGCACGGCCCGCGAGCUGGACCGCGAGACCAAGGAGACCCACGUGCUCAGGGUAAAAGCCGUGGACUACAGCACGUUGCCGCGCUAG